AUGUCUGCUAACUUAGAUAAGUCCCUUGACGAAAUUAUUGGCUCCAAGAAGACUGCCAGACCUUCUAACAGAACUCGUGCUGGACACGCUGCUCGCCCUAAGAGAGCUGCCAAGCAAAUUAACCCACGUCGUCGUGUCGUUCCAGGUAGACGUGCUGUUUCCAAGCCUGUUGCCGCACCAGCUUCCGCUGCUGUUGCCAGAGCUGCUAGUUUGCUUCACGGUACUAGAGAAGCUAGAGUAACUGUUGAAGGUUUGCCAAGAGACAUCAAGCAAGAUGCAGUUAGAGAAUUCUUCCAAUCCCAAGUAGGUGGUGUUCAAAGAGUUUUGUUGAGUUACAACGAGAGAGGUCAAUCCACUGGUAUGGCCAACGUUACCUUCAGAAAUGGUGAACUUGCUAAGAAGGCUGUUGCUCAGUUCAGUGGUGCACCAAUUGAUGGUGGUAAGUCUAGACUAAGAUUGAACAUCGUUGUUGACCCAACCGUUCAACCAGCUAGACCUUUGACCGAAAGAAUUAGAGCUAUUUCCCGUGAGAGAGUUGUUGCCCAAAAGGCUAAGCCUGUCAAGGGCCCAUCCAAGAAGGCAGCUGCUGUCAAGGCCCGUAAGCAAAAGCCAAAGGCCAAGAAGGAGAAGCAACCAAAGAAGAACUUGGAAGACCUAGACAAGGAAAUGGCUGACUACUUUGGUGAAGGUAAGAACUAA